UUCAAUUCAUACUCACAUAUUCCCCUGAUCAAUACCAUAAAAAAAAAAACAAAGGCAUCCGAGUCUCUGAUCUUCAUGGGUUCAUGCAAUUGGAAACUCUUCUUGUUCUUGAUCCUUUUCUGUUUUUCUUUCCUUUUCUCUUCUGUGAUAUCCACUGAAUUCCUUGUUGGUGGUCACAAUGGCAGCUGGGUUGUUCCCAACUCAAAGAAAGAUGAUCAAAUUUACAAUCACUGGGCUUCCAAAAAUAGGUUUAAAGUUAAUGACACUCUUCAUUUCAAGUACAAGAAGAAAGACUCAGUUAUGGUAGUGAGUGAAGAAGACUACAAGAAAUGCAGAUCAGCUCAUCCAUUCUUCUUCUCCAACAAUGGUGAAACCCUGUUUAUAUUGGAUCGACCAGGUUUGUUCUAUUUCAUGAGUGGGGUUAGCGGACACUGCCAGAAAGGGCAGAAGAUGAUCAUCAAAGUCAAAGCCUUCAAACCAGAAAGCCCACCUCAUAAUCAUGAUGAUGAUGAUGAUGAACCUAGAAAAAAAAAUGGUGCUGUUCAAAUGGCUGCCAUUACAUCGGCCAUGAUCCUGCUUCUUAGCUUCUCUUCAAUUUAUUCCUUGCUUAAUUAAUUUAUAUCAUGCCUAGCUUCUUAAUUAUGUAUUAGUGCUAACUAUGUAUCAA